UUCAUUAUUUAACAUCUCUGUUUUUGAUGGCAAUUGCACAUGUUUUUGUUUACAUUUAUUGUUGGUGAAAAAAUUUAGUUAAUAGAAUUAUUAAAAUAUUUAAAAAAUGACUUCCACUGAUGAAAAUGUAGACGCCUUACCCAAUAUCUUAAUAACAGGAACACCUGGUGUAGGUAAAUCUUAUAUUUGCCAAAGAAUUUCCGAACAAUUAAAACUCAAUUGGAUAGACUGUUCAAAGGUGGCUAAAGAAAAAGAUUUCAUUGAAGAAUACGAUGAGGAGUAUGAAUGUCCCAUUUUAGAUGAAGACAAGCUAAUGGAUUAUAUGGAACCACUUAUGCAACAAGGUGGUAAUGUAGUCGAAUAUCAUGGUUGUGAUUUCUUUCCCGAAAGAUGGUUUCAGGCGGUAUUUGUUGUAACUUGUCCCAAUAACACCGUACUCUACGAUCGUCUUAAAGAACGUGAUUACAAUGAAAAGAAAUUGAAAUCAAAUUUGGAAUGUGAAAUAUUUGGAACGAUAUUGGAAGAGGCUAAAGAUUCUUAUAAACCUGAUAUAGUAUUUGAACUAAAAGGCGAAACAAAACAGGAUGCCGAAAAUAGUUUAAAAGCGAUUAAAAGUUGGUUUAAAGCAUGGAAACGUAAAUAAAAAGUAAUGUUUUGCAAUAAAAUCAAGAAGAAACGAAUAAUAGACUAAAGAAGGCAUAUUGAAAGGAUAGAGAUAUUAAAGAUUUAAAAACGGAAUUUAAUUGAAUUUUAUACUGGACACAAAAUACAUAAUAGA